AUGAAACGAGAUAGGGCAAGAAACGCUGACGGGGUUGCAGGGGUUGGACUUGGCACUUUGCUGCAAGGCACACAAAAAGUAGCGACAAGAAAAUCCCCCCAAAAAAAUGAGUCAAAAGUCCUCAGACAUAGAGUUACUAUUGUAAUCCUCACAUUGUUGUUACUCAACCUCAUUCUCAUUCUGAUCCUCAUCUUCAUUCGAGUCCCCCGCACAUUUUUCCAGCUUGCCGGAUCGCCCAUGCAGCCUAUCCAUCCAUUCAGCCUGGCCACCCACACACCAUUUUCGGCCUGCCGCUCGCACGUAUCCAACUGGCGCUAUCUGACUUCUACUCGUCCUGCGAUGGCACCGCACGAAGAAGUGGUUGCCCACAUUGCAGCUGCAGUAGGGGCCUUCUUUAGUAGCAAGCAAUCGUUUCGCAUCUUCCAUGGGUCGACCAACAGCACUCGCCCCGCCCAUGACAGCCGUGUUGUCGAUAUCACUGCGCUUUGCAAUAUUCUGAAGGUUGACAGACAGUCCAGUACGGCCACUGUUGAACCAAAUGUUCCCAUGGACAAGCUCGUCCAGGCUACUCUUGCUCAUGGCAUGAUCCCCCCAAUUGUGAUGGAGUUUCCAGGCAUCACAGUGGGUGGAGGCUAUGCUGGGUCUGCAGGCGAGAGUAGCUCCUUUAAGUAUGGGUACUUUGAUCAGACUGUAAGAUCAGUUGAGAUGGUUCUUGCGACUGGAGAGGUUAUCACGGCUUCUGAGUCUGAAAACGCUGAUAUAUUCAAGGGAGCGGCUGGGGCUCUUGGGAGUUUAGGUAUCAUAACAAAGCUUGAACUAAGGCUUAUUCCAGCCAAACGUUUCGUUAAGUUGAUAUACCAUCCAUACUCGACCAGGCAUGACACCAUCAAGGCUCUCCGACAGGCAACAGAGGACCCAGACAACGAUUACGUGGAUGGUAUCAUGUUCUCUAACACUCACGGAGUUCUGAUGACUGGUCAGUUGAUUAAUGAUAUUCCACCGUCUGAAAGUCCGCAGAAAUUUAGUGGGUCGUGGGAUCCCUGGUUCUAUCUCCAUGCAAUGGAAAAGCCUCUUGGGAAACAAUCUACCGACUAUAUACCAAUAGCCGAGUAUCUGUUCCGUUAUGAUCGAGGUGGCUUCUGGGUCGGAAAACAGGCAUUCAAAUACUUCGGCUUUGUCCCAUUCAACCGAUUCACUCGGUGGUUCCUUAACGAUUUCAUGCAUACUCGGAUGAUGUACAGAGCGUUGCACGGAAAUAACAUGUCUUUUGGGACUAUGAUCCACGACCUUUCCCUGCCUUACGACACUGUGGAGGAGUUCAUCGACUAUACAACCCAGAGGCUUGGGAUUUGGCCCCUGUGGCUCUGCCCUCUGCGCGCCAUGGAUCCCCCAACAUUCCAUCCUUGCACCACUAGUCCAAAACGAGGCGAAACACCCCAGCCAAUGCUCAACAUCGGUCUCUGGGGCGCGGCUUCGAAGGACAUGGACACCUUUAUUCGCCAGAACCGAGAUUUAGAAGCCUGGCUCACAGAGCUAGGCGGUCGCAAGGUCCUGUACUCCCACACCUAUUAUACAGAAGAGGAGUUUUGGCAACUGUAUGAUCGGAAGUGGUACGAGGCACUGAGGCAGCGCUACUCCGCUACUACUCUACCAACUGUGUAUGACAAGGUGAAGGUCGACGUUUCUCGGCAGAUGCAAACUCGAAAUGUACCUUGGGUUCGAAGACUGGCGCUAUUGUGGCCUUUUGCCGGAUUUUUGGGGAUAUGGUGCGCAAUUCGAAGCAAAGAUUAUCUUAUUCAUAGGCGGUUGAGCUGGAUGAAAGGAAGAAUUGUAGAGACCUGA